AAUCUGUAUACAAUUAUCUUCGUUUCGAGUGUAGAUAGUGCUAUAAAAUGCGGCUUGAGAAAUAGAUCGGCCGUUUGUAACAAUUUGUCUCUAAUUUGUACAUACUAUUGUUAAAAUGUUAAUACAAUAUAAAAACAAUUAUUAAGUUAUGUAAAAGACUGUGAAAAACAUCACGACCGAUAAUGGAAUUUAUGAUCUCAAGCCUACGUCAAGGGCCAAUUGCUACUGUACUUUGACCCCUGACUUGAUCAACUUUAUUAUUUCGUCGAUACUUUUGUUGAUAGACUUCCAGUCUCAUAUAUUUACAAUAAUCAUCAACGGUAUCAUGUCGGAUACCGUUAGUCCUAUUAAAUAUUUCUUGAGCGGUGGAUUUGGCGGAAUAUGCACUGUGAUAGCUGGCCACCCUCUGGAUACCAUAAAGGUACGGCUCCAGACGAUGUCAGUUCCAGGACCCAAUGAAUUGCCUCUUUAUACUGGUACAUGGGACUGUGCUAAGAAAACAAUCGCCAAGGAAGGAAUACGUGGUUUAUAUAAGGGCAUGGGUGCACCAUUAUCCGGCGUUGCUCCUAUAUUUGCGAUCAGUUUCUUUGGCUACAGCGUUGGGAAGAAGCUGCAACAAAGUGUCUCAGAUGAGAAACUCACUCCAUUACAAUUAUUUUACGCUGGUGCAUUUAGCGGCAUAUUCACGACUAUCAUAAUGGCACCUGGUGAACGUAUUAAAUGUCUGUUGCAAAUACAGCAUGCAGACACAAAGCCAAAGUAUAAUGGACCAUUGGAUUGCGCUAAACAAUUGUAUCAAGAAGGAGGCACCAGAAGUCUCUAUAAAGGCACCUGUGCUACAUUGUUAAGAGAUAUUCCAGCCAGCGGAAUGUAUUUUUUAACAUACGAAUAUCUAAAGGAACGAUUUACUCCAGAAGGUGGGAAACUUAGCUUACUGGCCACUAUAAUGGCUGGCGGUUUUGCAGGCAUUGCGAACUGGUUGGUGGGAAUGCCACCUGAUAUCCUGAAAAGUCGCUUACAGACUGCACCAGAAGGUACGUACAAAGAAGGAAUACGCGAGGUAUUUGUUAAAUUGAUGAAAAACGAGGGACCAAUGGCCCUUUACAAGGGUGUCGUACCCGUUAUGCUACGAGCUUUCCCUGCAAAUGCGGCUUGUUUUAUGGGCUUCGAAAUUUGCAUGAAAUUCUUGAACUGGAUCGCACCAAAUUUAUAAUUUAAAUCGAAGUAAUUAUAGAAUUUUUGAAAAAUAUUUUAGAGAUCUGUUGCUCCCCUACUAGAUAGAUGCAAAGCGAUUAAUUUUACC